CUGUGGGACGCUGCAGUCGCGUCAUCCUGUUUUCAUGGAUGCAGAAUGGACUCUCACCAUCACCUGCGCCUCCUCGCCUCGGACAUCGACACCUUCCUUCCUCGCUCCUGACACUUCCUCCUGCAGAUAUGAUGGCAGAUGUAACGAUGACUCCCACAAGGACGCAGCACCCUCCGUCUAAAGUGAAGGCAGAGCGGACUCUGUUUCCACAGGACAGUUGAGCUGCGAUCCUCGCCUCCACACCGACACUUACGCUCAGGGUGAGGCCUCCUAGCGUGGUUCUCAAAGCAGUGGAGAAGUCACCAGCACAUCCAUGUCACUCACACCCAGUCGAAGGGCCACCGCAAAUCAGCGCAGGUGUUCAGUGGGAACUAGUGGAAGACAGUCCCACAAUGACAGCACCAGCAUGUAUGCCAGUCGGCUCAGAGCAGCAGAGGGUUGCCCAACACCCAGGAUGCACCCCACAACCCCCAGGCGUCAGGCAAAGCACAGCAUUUGCAGUGACAACCAUGGGAUCCGACCCCCGACCCCAGAGCAGUACCUCACCCCCCUGCAGCAGAAGGAGGUGUGUAUCCGGCACCUACGGGCCAGGCUGAGGGAGAACGUGGAGAGGUUACAGCACAGAGACUGUGAAAUAGACGACCUGAGGAGUCAGCUCUACAAGAUGCAGGAAGAUUGGAUUGUGGAAGAGUGUCAACGUCUGGAGGCUCAGUUGGCUCUGAAGGAGGCCCGCAAGGAGAUCCUUCACCUUCAGGAGGUGGUGGAGUCAGUCAAGUCCAGUUCAGGGGUUCGGGAUCAUGACCCGAAACUAGAAUCCGAGUCAAGGGGCAAGUCUCGCUCCUGCGGCUGUUCUCCUGCCAGCACGCUGAGCCGCAGCACCACCCACAGCCGCCUGAGCAGUGAAGCGCUGCAGCUGGAGCGCGGUCCCAACGCUCCGGACUCCAGCAGGGGGUCUCACCAGACCCACCUUCUUCUGGAUCCAGCUCUGCUGUCUGACACGCUGCCUCCGCAGAGCCACCUCAGAAGCCCCGCCACGCUGUCCCGCUCCUUCACCUGCGACAGGAUGUGCAGUGGGGGGGCCGUGCUGUCUCACUCCUGUCACUCGCUCAGCAGCAGCUGCAGGUGCAGCGGACACAGCUACCUCCCUCAUCAUCACCUGUUCCUGCACCUGCCUCAGGAGGAGCCGCACCCAGCUGCUCCGGCCAGCGAGCCGAUCCCCACCCCGACCGCUCCGGAGCAGAGGAAGCCAGAAGUGCGCUCUCAGGCCUGCAGCCCCACCAUGACUUGGCUCGGCGAGGACAGCGCCAUUGAAGAGCUCAGCAUUGUGUCCUCAACCGUGGUGGACAUUAGCCCAUCUGAACCACAUCAAGCCCCAUUGUCUUUACCUCUCGAAUCUCCCCUGGAGGUCAAAGUGUCCAGAAGUCCAGACCUGCCGACAGAGCCCCUCAUCAGCCAGCCCACUCCACUCCCGGCGAUGCAAGAAGCCGCCGUGGUGGAGAUCGAGGAGGAUGAAAGUGAGGCAGCACAUCCUCCGCAGAGAUACCACUGGAGCCGCUACUUCCUGGUGGAUCUGUUAGCUUUGGCCGUGCCGAUGAUGCCGACCAUGGCGUGGCUCUGCAGAGGGGACGUCAUGCCUGUAUGUCACAUAGGCUCGCUGCUUAGAGGCUGCUGCGCCGUGGCUCUGCACUCGAUCCGACGCCAGAACGCCGGAAGGGGACGCAGACCCCCCAAUAUCAGCGGAGGAACUGCUUUCUGAGAACAGGAAGUCAUCUAAGACUUUCAAUCAGGUGACUUUGCUGCAGCGACCCAAGGUCAACAGGGAUUCCAAAGGAGGUCAUUUCGCAAAGCUGAGACUCUGCAUGACAAUAGCAUCUCACAACAUGACACAUCACCUCUGAAGGACCUGCGACUGAUCCAUAACCAGCCAUUUAGAUUCUCCAUCAGUACAGUUUAGAGUGACUUUUACAUUGUUACUUUAAAAAUUAUUGACAAAAUGUGUGUUGCAUCUAAUGCGAUAAGACUGAAUGUUACAAGUGUGGCUUGCUUUCCUUGCACCGAACCAUGCAGUAUUUUGUAUCACUGAUAAUGUAUUUUGCAUCACAAUAAUGACAGACUCAUGUCAAGUUUUCGAUCAAGAAAAAGCCAAAAAAAAACAACUGUCAAACUUAGUUUACACAUACGAAAACACACAACCUCUGUGUGACGCAUGUUUGGUCUCCUACAAACAUCUUAGAAUGUAAUGGUUCAUUUCUAUAAAGAGAUUUUGCACUGAUUUCAUUUCAGCUCAAACACGGCCUGCAAUCGACAAUGAGGACUUCCAGAAGAUGAAUAUUAUUCCUGUAUAAUUCUUGCUAAAUUGCACAAAUAUUGCACAAUAAACAGAAUGUCUUUCUUUAUUGU